AUGGAUGGUCCUCUCGAAGUCUUAACUUCUCAUCUCAAAUCAAAAGCAAAUCCCAUCACUUACACCCCACAAAACAUCAUACUUGAUGCUUCUCAUUGUUAUCCAAGCGAUACUCGUAUCAAAUUACCAAACAAUCAACAACUUUCUUUGGCUCAACUUUGGUUUAUUCUCAAGAAUGAUGAUUUUUCAGCCUAUUUGAAACAAUGUAAAGAAUACAAUAUCAAUUCCGUUACUUUCCCUAUCUUUCAAUCCAUCAAGCAACAUUUCAAAUCAGAGUUAGGCCAAGAGAUUGAUAGUCAUUUGCUUGUCUUUGGUGAUGACUCGACCUUGCAGAAUAUUCAAAGUAGUAGUAGCAGUGGUGGUAGUGGAGGUGUUAUGAGUGGUAGCAGCACGAGUGGUGGUAUCCUUGCAGGAAGUACCACACUCGGGUCGGAUCUCUCGAGUGCUGUUGGUGGUGGUGCUUUAGCAAUGGAUCAAAGUACAAAGAAGAGAGAUUUCAAUGAAGCAAGCUUGAGUCAAGGGGAUCAAGAUCGUGGUAAUAAGAAAUCAAAACCAUUUCAUAUGCCAUUCUCAUCGGGUGCUAUGAGUAGUACUUUUGAAUUUGGAGAAAAAGAAAAGGAAUCUAAAAAGGAAUUUAUUCAAUUCCUAACCAAUUUGUUACCAUCAGAUGCAUCAACAAGUAUGAAUGUAGAUGCCUAUCUACCUUAUCUCAUCUAUGAUCGAAGUCAUGUUAUUAAUUAUAUUAAUUCUAAGGAAAUUCCAUUUAGUACUCGAAUUACACAAACACAAAUUGAAAAGGAAUAUGUUGAUAAGAAGAAUUCAUCAGAACUCGUUGCAACCAAUCCGAAUGGAUCAUCAAAAUCUUCAGUGUCAUAUUUUACCAAUUGUUUGGAUAAUAUCAAAAGAUGUAAAGAACAUUUUGUUCACUACAAGAAAGAAGAACAAAAGAAAAAGAAAGAAAGAGAAAAGAAAGAAAAGGCUCAAAGUUAUAAUCAAGAAAAUGUUAAAUUGAAUUACAAUGUGAAGGGUCGAUUUGAUGAAAGAAAUGUUUGGCAAUCAGAAUUUGGAAAUGAAGAUAUUUUGAAUGAUUUCCAAAUUAACACAACAGGUUCCAUGAUGAUGGAUGCUAGUGGUAGUGGUGUUAAUGGUGGUAAUAACAGUAGUAAUGGCGGUGGUGUUGGACUCGGUGGAGAUUUAUCAACAGCGGCAGUUUCAAGUACAUCUUCUUCAACUAGUGCCUUGAAUCAAGAGACCAAUAACACUCGAUCGAGUCAACCUUCAUCAGAAGCAAGUUCCAAACAAAAACCAACAACAACCGAUUCGAAACAUGCCUCUAAAAAAUCAUUACCUAUCAUUUUACUUCCACCUGCUCGAUCUUCACUUCUCACUCUUUACAAUGUGAAAGAUUUUCUUCAAAAAGGAACAUUUAUUACUACUGAAGAUAAGAAGAAGAAUUUAGAUCCAAAUUUACCAAAACCAAAGGAGGUGAUCAUCAAACAUCCAAAAUCAAAUCAACAAUUUCUUGUGUUGGAUACAACAAAGAACUUUCAAAAGAAAGAUUGGGAUCGAGUUGUUGCAAUAUUUACAAUUGGACAAUUAUGGCAAUUCAAAGAUAGUAAUAACUGGUUCUCUACAGAUCCAUCUGUAAUAUUUGCAAAGAAGAAGGGAUUUACUCUUGUCUAUGACAGCGAUGCUUUGGCACCAAAUCUUCAAAAUUGGAAUUUAGAAAAAUUAUAUAUCAGCAAAUCAGAAACAAAAAGACACACCGACAGUACUGUUGCAAGAAAGUUUUGGAAUGCCAUUGGAUUGGAGUAG